AUGCAACUAAAUGCUAAUUCGCCACAGACCCGGCUUUCGCAAGCAGUGCGCCGUCUACUACCUUGCGAUGUGCCGAAUGAACGCCGUUCGGUCUACAGCCCUCUGGGCGCUAUUCAGCACCUUCAUACUGGCCACUGGAAGCGUGCCUACGAGACAGGUGAGCUUACACUGCGAGCGUUCCAGCAGCCGUUUGCGUCCGAAUAGCUUGGAGCACUGAAGCCCUCAUUCCUUCCAAGCUUCUCACUAGCACUCGCAUCCAUCCCCCAGCUGCGAGUGCUGUGACGAGAGCAGAAUCGUUAAGUGCUCGCAGCGGGCAAGAGCGUGGAGAGACAAACGAAGAGCCGAAAAGACGAGGAGAUCGAAGCAGCCAAAAGAGCCGUCUGAUUACAGCUAUCCUCACUGAAAGGCCAGGAGCCACGUCCGGACAAGGUAUACCACUUAGUAAGUGAUUUUUGAAAAACGACAAUGACACCGGCUGCAUAAUUACUCACCCCUCCACGCUCUUCGCUCUUGACAGGUGCAUCAGAGGGCGCUGUUCCUCGUCGCGUCAGAUCGCAGCGACGACGCAAUGCUCCAGCACACGCUAGCAGCUCGUCCGCAGUUCCGACAUCAAGAGAUGACGCAUCAGCACGAUCAGAGCAUCAGGAACGAGAGCCUGCCACGACAUCCCUCCCGGUCGAGCAGCGUGGUCGCCAAAGCAUGGUGAUGUGGAGUGCGUUCACCGACACCCAUUUCCGUGGCAUGCCUCCAAAGGCUAAAGAAGAUAUGAGCAAGUCGAUCGCGGCGUGGGCAGAAGCGAGCCAAGCAGCAGCAAAUGUGCACGUACUGGGCAUCGGUCCUAGCGUGUUGCCUCAUCACGUUUCGGUGCAUCACCAGCUGUACGACGAGGGUAUGAACAAGAUCAGCAACCCAAAGAUCAGCGAAGUGCCUCAUGUGAUGACACACUUUUAG